AUGGACAUCAAGCAAGCAUACGAUGACGCGAAGAAGGAGUAUGAAGAGUUGAAGUUGAAGUUGAAGAGACUGGAUGACCUGAGGAAUGGAAAACGGAGUUAUACAGAGAUGGAGGAGAUUAUAAACACAGCUGUCAAGAAAGCCCUUCAUGAACAUGAGAGAUCCGUAAUCUCGAUCUCGAGGGCUUCACGCAAGGAUUAUCAAAGACUAGUCGAUUUCCUUGGCCUUGAGAGAAAGACAAUUAACUUUGCUGUCGCUAUGAAGAAUGCAUCGAAAGUGAAACAUUUCAGGUGGACACAGAAAACAGAACGAGGACAUGCAAAUAAUUACAUCGAAUGGCUUCGAAACAAUAUUAACCUACCUGAAGACUGUGAAUACUACGAUGCAUCAGCAACACCCGGCCUCCUCAGCACGACCAUAGAUGCCUUGCCUUUCAAUAUUACUGGAACCGUAUAUAUAGCUGUCGUAGACAAAAAGAACAUUAGAAGUGGAAACGUCGCUGGCGGGCUAAGGAUCGGCAUUGAAGUUAAAAAAUCAGUUGAAGCUAGCACACACUCUAUACAAGCUGUGAUGGAGCUUGUGACCGCGAACAUAUAUUCAGAAUAUCCAGUAACAAUAGUCCUUACUGACCUGGCAAAACACUGGCAAUUUUUCUGGUUGGAAAAAGGCAUGAUUAUGGACUGUACGUUCUCCAUUGCGGAAGCAAAGACUCUACUCGAGACAAUGAUAGCGGAACUUGGCAUGACUACUACUGUCGAUGCUGCAUCUCGGUCUGACUUUCCAUUCACAAAGCGAUGCAACCUCAGGGCAGCUAUAGGAGGUAGUGAUAUAGAGCCGAAUAGUUCUGAAAUACAGGGAAUAGAGCGUGUUCUAAACAGGCCUAAAAUUGACCCCUUGGACCUCCUACCGGAAGAUGACGUUGCAUCAAUGAGGGAUGUUUUUGAUGUGAUGGAUGAGAAUGAAGUGC